UUUUGCUCUACCAUAUCCCUCAACAAACGCAAUCAUGGCUGCCGAAAAGAAGGAGAAGCUGGAAGCGCAGAUUAAGUCCGUCGAUAUGACGGAUGAUAUGCAGCAAGAGGCUAUCGAACUUGCGAUUGAGGCGAUGGACAAAUACCACAUUGAAAAGGAUAUCGCCCAGUACAUCAAGAGAGAAUUCGAUUCGCGCAAGGGCGCAACAUGGCAUUGCGUGGUGGGGCGGAACUUUGGCAGCUUCGUCACACAUGAGACCAAACACUUCAUCUACUUCUACCUCGGUCACUGCGCCAUUCUCCUCUUCAAGACCCAAUAAACCUACGUGAACCCAUUACAAUCCGGGCGAGAGGGCCAACUCUGUACUUCUGCUGGGCCUGCUCUCGGAAGAAGCCACACCGAUCUGCUGCCUCGAGUAGCUGGAGGACUGUGUCUUGCGAAACUUGGUCCUCUUCAUUGCCGUAUCCGAUAGAGGGACCCGGAUACUUACCCUAUCUACGUAUUACGGCAAUUCGCACUGGAUGAAUUCUUGCUUUUUUAGCGGCAAUACUACUUUAAACCGAAUCUUUGUUUCUUUUUCUGGGCCGUUUAUUUAAACACUGGUACAUCAAAAUUUCAGCUGUCUUGAAGCAAUCUUGUAUAUGGCUGCUCUAGAUAUAUUUAACAUACGAACACGUGCAACAUAAAACAUAAGAACAGAACCAUAUUUGUAAAUUGAAGAAAAUCAC